GUCAAAGUCAGACCAGGAGAGCCAGAGCGUUAACAACCCAAUAGGCAUUGGAUCGCGACUCUCCUCCCAUCUUCAUUCUUUGUGUUCUAUUCAGCUGUCUCCAAAAAGCUGUUGCAGCCUUCCGCCAUAACCGCCAUUCUCGAGCUCACACUCCGUUUUACUGUUUCUCCUCUCCCACUGCAAGAUUUACAACUUAUCUCUAUUCUCUCUCGCCUCUGCGAUCUAAUUUUACGGUAUUCCAACUCUUCUGCGCGGGAGUUGGAAAAGGAAUCCUACACCGUUUCAGCUGCUUUAGAGUUUGAAUUGAAAAGCGAGGAAUGCGAAGUUCUGAUGUGAGAAUAAUACAAUCGAAAAUCCUAAAAGGACAGUUUUUGCCCUCAUCAUUCGAUGUCUAAGUCUCUCUCUGUGUUCUUUCCCAGAAUUGCUUCUUAAGUUAUUCUAUGAUGAAUGAUUUCUGCAAUCUGCACUCAGGGUUAUGGAGGAUGGGACUAAUGACUCUGUACCCAAUCUUACUGCAUCAUUUAGUCGGGCAAGCAGUUCGGGAUCUUCACUGAGGAGGCGCUCCUUAAGUUUAUCACACACUGUAAUAGACGAUGAUACUGAAAGUGAAAAUGUUUCAGAGGCAGGUGAUAUUGGGGACAGGGCUCUUCAUAGCAAGAGGCACAGUGAGAGUAGCAGCGUCCGGUUUUCCCUUGAUAACGCUUUAGAGAAUGGACUCGUGUUUCCCAUCAGAGAUGACAAUUUAUUGCAAUCACAUGGGAUGCUGUCACACAAUUCCACAACUUCGAAUACAGCGUUCCCUCAACAAGUGCCAGAAGAAAACAUAUCUCCUCUUUCCACGGAUGCAAUGGUGUGCUCUAAUGACCAAAAAAAAGAAAAAGAGACGGCGCUAGUUUUGUCCCCAGUAUUGGAAUAUGUAUCAUGUCUUGUUUAUCUAUCUGUUUUUGGUAUUCUUGGGGUUUUGACGAGGUACUUACUGCAGAAACUUUUUGGUCCUAGUGUGGCUGGUGUGACAGGUGAUCACUACCCUUUAUACCUCGACCUUCCUUCCAACAUGGUUGGUUCUUUUUUGAUGGGAUGGUGGGGCGUUGUUUUCAAAGGAGAUAUAGUCAGUGUGUCUGAUCAUCUGGCCAUUGGAUUAACUACUGGAUACUUGGGAAGUCUCACAACUUUCAGCGGCUGGAAUCAGAAAAUGCUUGAUCUCAUUGUCGAUGGCCACUGGGUGUUUGCGCUGGUUGGCUUUCUUCUAGGCUUGUUCCUUGCAGCCUAUUCCAUCAAAUUUGGCAUUGGGACAGCCAAGUGUUUCAAGUUGUUUCUCGAAAGAAUAAAUAGAAAUAAAACUAAAAUUAGCAACUGGAGGGUAGACAACCGCAAGCGUCAUCUGGCAGUUAUGGCAACUUUGGUGCUUAUGCUAGGCAUGUUAUGGAGUGUGAGUGGGACACUGCUGAAGGAGGACUUCAACAGUGGGAGCAGUGGGGCCCAAUUAUGGUUGGCUUGCUUAGUUGCAGCCCCAGGGGUAUGGAUCAGGUGGUUCUUGGCACGGCUUAAUGGACGUGGAUUAGGAAAAACAGGGCAUCUAAAAUGGGUCCCAUUUGGAACUCUAAUGGCCAAUGUUUCUGCAGCUUGUAUCAUGGCAGCACUCGCUACUUUGAAGAAAGUGGUUCAUACCAAGACCUGCAAUACCAUUUCAACAGCCAUACAGUUUGGAUUUUUGGGUUGUCUGAGUACAGUUUCAACUUUCAUUGCAGAAUACAAUGCCAUGGAAGAAAGUAACAAAAAUUGGAGAGCUUAUGUUUAUGCUCUAAUGACAAUACUCAUAUCAUUCGGAAUGGGGAUCCUGAUAUACUCAGUACCUGUUUGGACAAAGGGAUAUGAAUAACCUAUGCUAUGGCCAGCUUAUUGCUAUCUCCCUCAUAACUUAUGUCAAGUUAAAUGGUGCAGAAUUUGAUUUGUACAUGCUGAAGAAGACCCACGUUGCCUCUUGUGCAUAGGUGAGUAAGCCUUUCUACAGAUUCCAAAUAUUGUAAAAUUCUGCCACUGCAAUCUACAUCAGCAUAGUUUUUUAUCA